CUCCUCCUCCUCCUCCUCGUUUAGAAACGGCUCGCGCAUCAUCUAACGUGGCAGUCUCCAAGACAACGUUCAGACGGAACUCUUAUCGCGGUGGUGACGUAAAAAAAAAUACUAAAACAGAAAAUAGAAACGAAAAGGGAUGGUCUCGUGCACGAGUCGGAGCUGGAAAAGAUCUGAAUCGGGUUUAUUUGUUGUUGUUGUUGUUGUUGCGCUUGCGCGCGCGUUGGUUUACGGAUGAACUUGUGGAGAACGUUACCGCGACUCGGAGGAGGACAGAAGGACAGGAGGACCGAGGGGACGCGGGAUGCGUGUUAAUACAGAGGAUGCACGCUUUCGGAGGAAAUCCUUGAAGCGCGUGCCAUGCGAGUGUCUCGCGUCGUUUUUGCGCCGCGCGCGCUUUGGAGAUGCGAUUCUGGAGAGAAAGAGAAAGAAGGAGAGAGAGAGAGAGACACGACCUGUUCUCUGGAAAGCCUUUUCUUCACGUGCACCACCGAUGUGAAUUAGCAUGAAGAAGGAGGGAACGCGCGCGUGCACGAUGGCUGAAUAAAUAAUAAAUAAUAAUAAUAAUACAUGCAUAAAUAAAGCGCAGAGAAGAGAAGGUGAGCUCCCCACGGCAUCAAACUUUCUGAAGUAUGCUCUUUAAAAAUAAAAAAAAAUGAAACAGAAAGAGGUUCAGUUCUUAAAAUCAGGGGUCUUCAGGUUCUUGAGAGAACCUUCUAUCACAGGGGUUCCCUUCUUAUGCGCUCCCCUCUGAGGAACCCGUGUUUUCUAAUUGCGUUCAGCAGGAAUGUCAUCCUCCGAGUGUGACACUCAAACCUCAGGAUAUCUUCUCCUAAUAUUAGCAGUCUUUGUUCUUCUUACAAAUAAAUACAAAAAAAGAGAGAAAAGACGUACAGUUGCAUUGUUGGUAAAAAUAAAUAAAUAAAUAAAUAAAUAAAUUAUAAUCAGUUUUUUAGCUUGUUUUAAUUCAGCAUUUAUAAUUCAUUUAAAUGUUGAAGAAAAUAAUAUUAUUUAAAAAAAAAGAAAGAAAACAAAAUCCUACGUCCAGUUGAUGAUCAUUUAUUGAUUUAUUUGCUUGAUGAUGAUUUAUUCGGCCAAAAUUUGAGGCGGGGGAAUAAAAGCAAGUGCAUUAUGGAAACAAAUAAUAAAUAUGACCUCGUAUAAGAUUUCUUUAAAUUGAGAAUUAAAUAUUAAAUGCGUAUAAACCUGACGCAAUUAACCUGCUGAUGAAAUUUGCACAAAGAUUUGCACCCAACCCCCAACCCCCCCACCCCCCCACCCCGUCUUCUCAGUUUACUCCUCAGUCUACAAAGAGUUCAUCAACUUUUAUUUGUUAAUUUUAAACAAUAGCAUUCAGCAUUCAGUCAGUGGUCUGGUGUGGAGGUGUGGAGGUGUUCCAGUGAGACACUCACAGAACCAUUAACGCUUAGGAUCUGAUCGAUUUCCUCAUAAAUAAUAAAGUACUUCAUUCGCGUUCCGUCUGGAAAAUCCCUCCUAAAGAUCUUCCUCGAGAUCUGAAGUCGCACACUCUUUUUAAAAAAGAUUAAUAAUUGGAUCCGACAUUCACGAGCAGCGCUGGAGACGUUCCAGAGCUUGGAGGAGAUCGUCGUGUGCGCUGGUGAAGAAGGAAAAGGGUUUUUUUCCCCCCCGUUAAAGCAGUACCGCGGGCGUCGAGGUUGUGUCAUCGUUAGUGACGCUGCAUGACGUGUGUUUUCGGCGCUCUCGGAGCUCCCGACUGGAACUAAUCCGGAAUAAUCCGAAGCUCUCAGACUGACACACCGUUCAGAGCAGAUCAUCCUCCAGCUGAAGCACUGAUUCAUUUUUAAAAUGAGCCACAGUUAACCCGGAGAGUGUGAACAUCUACGUCUCAGCGUGUCUUCACCGAGAGCGUUUAGAACCAGUUCCCUUCCACUAAUCCCCGUGCUGUAGAGCUCGACGUCGGGCUUCAGAUCGCCGAGUGUUAGAAACCACAAAGAAAGCGUCGUUUCUUUGUGAAAGCUUGUGAGAGUUCGAGUUUGUAGGAAAUUCAGUUCACGGUCUUGAUUAGAAAUCGUUUUUUUUCACGUUCAUCUCGUCUGAAGUCGCUCGUCCCCGUGAGAAUGCACGCCAAACGCUUAACCGCUCGCUAUCGGUGUUUACACUCGUAAAUCCUCUGGUAAAUCAGCCGAGCCGGGAUUUUACACAACGUCGAACUUCGCUGGAAAUGGAGUUUUGAGAUCAGAAGCUCUUGCUCAUUCUGUUUACAGGAGCUAAGUGUCCUGUUACGCUCCACUGUAACGCUGCUAACAAUAGCCAUAACAAAUAUAGCGGCAAGCUCGGGAAUGCUGGCUCGACCUGCGCCGAGGAAUCGGAGGGAAAAAGGAAUUCUGUUUCUAGGACUCGCGGUUCAGAAGUUAUUAACAUGAACGUGAGUGCAAAUUUGGACAGUUGGUGGCGCUAGAGGGGUUGAGUUAGAGACUCCAAGUGCGUGCUUGUUCAUGUUUGGAUGCGCUUUGUGUCGGUGGAUUUAUAGACACUGUACAGGCCAGCUGGGAUCUCGUGGGCGGAGCUUCGUAAACAUGGGUGGGAAUGGUUCAGAUGUCGAAUCAGAGACCUGAUCUUUUCCAAACAAGUAUCCGAGCACUUCUCACAAAACUGUAAAUAUUUACUUCUGGUAACGGAGCAGCGUUUUCAGAGCCGCGGUUCUUCAGAGCACCAAAGAGCUGAACGUAAAACUCCAGACAGGUUCUAGAGACGAAGGAGGAAACGAUGAGCGAGCACCAAAACGAUCUGGAGUUUGGAGCAUUCAGAAAAGCUUGCUACUUGGAACCGUUGCUGAUGAGGAAACGCUGUUCCACGCAGAACUUCCAGAGAUCCGGCGUGACCCCCCCCCCCCCCAUUCGCCCCCCCAUUCGCCCCCUCCCUCUCUUCAUCUCCACCCUGCUGCUGUGUGAUGAGGUUUUCAUGGAGUCAACAUCAAAAGCGUAGAAGCGCCCACUCUCUUUCCCACUCUGAGUGUGUGUGAGUGUGUGUGUGUGUGUGUGUGUGUGUGUGUGUGUGUGUGUGUGUGUGAUGGAGAACGGGAGCAAGCCAGCUUGUGAUCUCUGGCGUGUGGGUGGAAGUUGUGCACAGCUGGCGUAAUUCCUGCCAAGAUGUAGGUGGUUGAGUCUAUCUGCUAAACCCCUUUCCUAAAGGCCUGUGUGUUGUCGUAGCGAUGAUUGCGACUGGGGGCGUGAUCACGGGCCUUGCAGCCCUGAAGAGGCAGGACUCGGCUCGCUCCCAGCAUCACCUGCCCGUCCAGUCGCCCGUCCCUCCUCCCGAGAAGAAACGUCUGAAAAGAAAACCUCGCACGGACAUCGUCGUGGUACGUGGGAAAAUCCGCCUGUAUUCCGCGUCUGGUUUCUUUUUAGUCCUCGGAGUCCUGAUUUUGAUGGUUGGCAUUGCCAUGGCUGUGCUGGGGUACUGGCCUCACAAGGACCACCAAAGGACACCCGAGAACAAACACUCGGGGAACGUCACACAGGCGGCGGCGGCGGCGCAGGAGCAGGCAGGAAAGGUGGCGCAGUUCUUCGAGCAGCACUUGCACUCGGAGAAAAUGAAGAUGCUCGGACCGUUCACGAUGGGCAUCGGGAUAUUCAUCUUCAUCUGCGCGAACGCCAUCUUGCACGAGAACAGGGACCGAGAAACGAAGGUCAUCCACAUGAGGGACAUUUACUCGACUGUCAUAGACAUCCACAGCCUGAGAGUGCGAGAGCAGAAGUGUAUGAACGGGGCCUACGCGGGUCCUUAUGCUGACCACGAGAUCCGCUCUUUUGUUCAGGACGGUCAGUACACCUCGCGGCUAGCCGCUAACACACUGCUGACGUUCUCCGGAUUGGGUGGCGACUUGCGACUGUCCCGCCGCACGAGCUCGGCUGAAGACGAGGAAGGUGUGACGAUCGAAGGAGGCUCAAGCUUGUUGUCGCCUGGAUAUAGGGAACGUUCCGGAUCGAUAUUCGGGUUCCAACCGGAAGGGAUGCGUCGCUGGGAAGACAAACGUAACAAUCUGAAGAAAUGCCAGACACGCUCCAUCGUGUCGUCCUCCAUUAGCGCCUUCACUCUUCCUGUCAUCAAACUCAACAACUGCGUGAUCGACGAGCCUGACAUCGACAGCAUAACCGAGGACUCCGAGCAGCAACGAGACAGAUCAAGACCUUCGUCCAUGGAGUCCUUAACCGUACCUAUUCCGGAUAUCUCGAAAGCCUUCAAGCCUCCCGGCACGACGUUGCUCCGGAGUAACUCUGCUACGGAAUCCCCCGCGUUUGCAUCCGCAUCCGCUUCACCAUGCUCCCUGUCCCCUGGAUCCACCAGUGGCCGAUUCCUGUCCCCCGGAGCAGCCCGGAAAGACUUCGGCUCGAACAAUUCUCUCCACAUGUUCUCGGCUCACUCCAAGUCUCUGGACCUGGAACGCGGUCCCACCAUGCUGACCGUACAACCAGAGCAGCGCAAGCAUCCCAGCUGGCCCAGGCUGGAUCGCAGCAACAGCAAAGGCUACACCAAACUGGAGAAUAAAGAAGACCCGAUGGACAGGCUGCUGGUGCCCCCAGUGGCUGUUAAACGGGAUUACACCAAAAAAGAGAAACUGCUCAUGAUCUCAAGGUCACACAACAAUCUGAGUUUCGAGCACGACGAGUUUCUGAGCAGCACUCUGAAACGAGGGACGUCCGAGACCAGAUUUUAAGGGACGUAUCGUGCACACGUCACAUCCUCGUCCCUCUGCAAUAGAUAUAAUGACCUUCUGUCGUUUUGCCAUUGUUGAAGUGGUUGUGAAUUUCAGAAACACUAGUCCCAUGGACUGCAAGCUCAGGUGGAUAUUCUGACAGACCGAGCGUUUCUAAAAACAAAGCGUGAGGAUUUUUAACCCCGGACACAAAAACUCACCGGUUGAACCACUGUAAAUAGACUGCGGUGUAAUAGCUGUGUCGCUUGUUCAGUUUGUUAAAUGCAUUUUCGUACCGUUUCUGUAUUUGAUAACCGUUGAUACAGGACCUGUUGUGUAGCGAGUGUGUGCAUUGUUGUACCAGAGAAGGAUAAUUAUUUUGCUAUGAGGUUUUAAAUAAUUUAUUCAAAAAGAAGAAGAACAACAACAAAAACCACACACACACACACACACACACACACACACACACACACACGGCUAUUUUUGAACAAGAGUCUUCAAUGUAUUAUUUAUCUGUUUCUCAGAAUAAAAGUAAACCUUUCACACAACA